UGGCUCGCGUCUGAGGCAGUCUCCAGAGAUCCAGGCGAAAGUUCGGACAACACACUCCUGCGUUUGGUUUCUCCUCAUGACACCUGACUGACCUCCAUCUUCGCACCAUCAGGACCUUCACCCCAUGGAUACAGAAGCUCCAAACUAUAUCCAAACCUAACCGAACUCAUUUUCUACACGUAGUCAUGGUCCCCUCUCUGCGCUGGCUCCUGCUCCUCUGGGGACUUCAGGGUCUCCUGGCGCAAGAUUUUGAGGAAGAUUACGAAGAAGAAGAAGUGGUGUCGCCCCGAAAGAAGAGCAACAACAACAACCACAACAAAGUGUACACGUCCAACUCCGUGGGCAAGAACGGGAAAACAGUCGCUGAUGAAGAUUGCAGUUUGGAGAUCGCCUUCCUGAUCGACAGCUCCGAAAGCGCCAAAGACAACCACGCCCAGGAGAAACGCUUCGCCUCCGACGUGAUGGAGCGUCUGCAGGUGGCGCGGCUCCAGACGGGCCGGGCCCUCGUCUCCCGCGCCGCCCUGCUCCAGUACAGCAGCCACGUGAUCGUAGAACAGACCUUCAAGCAGUGGAGAGGCCCGGACGACUUCAAAGCGCGAAUCGCUCCCAUCGUUUACAUCGGGCACGGCACCUACACCACGUACGCCAUCACCAACCUCACCCGAAUUUACCUGGAGGAGUCGGAGCCGAACAGCAUCAAAGUGGCCGUCCUGCUCUUCGACGGAAUCUCCCAUCCCAGAAAUCCGGACAUUUUCUCGGCCGUGGCGGACGCGAAGAAUCAAGGCGUGCGGUUCUUCGCCAUCGGCAUCACUCCGGAGGCCAACGAACCCACAAACAUCGCCCAGUUGAGGCUCAUCGCGAGUUCUCCGGCGUCGCGCUACCUCCACAACCUGCAGGACAGAGCCAUCGUGGACAAAGUCAUGAAGGAGAUCACGACACUGGCAGACGAAGGGUGCCCAUUAGCCCAGAGUAAGUGUGCGUGUGAUAAAGGCGAAAGAGGACCCAGCGGCCCCCCGGGCAAGAAGGGUCGUCCAGGCGAAGACGGAAGUCCCGGGCUCAGAGGACAAAAGGGUGAGAGUGGACUCAGCGGUCUUCCGGGUCGUGAAGGAGCAGAGGGAAAACCAGGAUACAAAGGCGAGAAGGGCGAGCGGGGCGAAUGCGGCGUACCUGGAGUUAAAGGAGACCGCGGCCCUGAAGGAACUGUCGGACCGAGAGGAAACCGAGGCCUCCAGGGUUUGUCUGGCCCACCUGGCGACGCCGGCCCCGAAGGUCCAAUGGGUAAAAAAGGGGAGCGGGGACUUCCUGGGCCACCUGGAAUUCAGGGUGAGACGGGGAUCGGCCUGCAGGGACCUAAGGGGGACAUCGGUUUCCAGGGACAACCAGGGCCCCCGGGCCCGCCGGGGCUGGGAGAGCCCGGAUCACCGGGACCUCAGGGGCCUCAGGGCGUCCAAGGAGAGAGGGGCCCGACAGGAGAAGGUCUCCCAGGUCCUAAAGGAGAGCGAGGCAUCGAGGGACCGCGGGGGACCAGGGGAGCGCCGGGGCCCGGGAUCAAAGGUGACAAGGGCGAUUUUGGACCUCCAGGACUUCCAGGACCCGUUGGCCUCACAGGAGCAGGAAUACAGGGCGAAAAGGGCGUGGAGGGACCAAGGGGACCACCCGGGACGAGGGGUCUACCGGGAGAGGGCUUACCAGGGCCCAAGGGAGAUCAAGGACUGCCUGGAGAGACCGGCGCUCCGGGAGAAAGAGGAGCUGGAGAACCGGGGUCUAAGGGAGAACCAGGGGCCCCAGGGAUCGCAGGAGUACCCGGGCUGCCAGGGGAGGACGGAGCGCCAGGCCAGAAGGGUGAAGUGGGAGCCCCGGGACUCCGAGGGCUCGAGGGGGCCCCUGGACUCGGGACCCAAGGAGAGAAGGGAGACCAAGGCCAAAGAGGAAUCAGAGGUUUGACUGGUCCUCCUGGUAUUGCUGGACCUUCAGGACCAAAGGGGGAGCCCGGGUCACAGGGGAGACUGGGUUUACCUGGACCACCUGGACGCUUCGUUGUUGGACCAAAGGGCGAUCCAGGUCCCAGUGGUCCUCCUGGUCCUAUUGGAGAGACGGGCUAUGGACUCCCUGGGCCAAAGGGGGACCGUGGAGAUGCAGGAUCAGGGGGUCCACCUGGUCCUAAAGGAGACGGAUACCCCGGCCCCGUGGGGCCUCCUGGUCUCCCUGGACUUCCUGGAGAACCCGGGCAAGAGGGCGUUGGUGUCCCUGGACCAAAGGGGGAUAUUGGCUUCCGUGGACCGCCUGGUUUACCCGGACCUCCCGGCGAAGGCCUCCAAGGACCUCCAGGUAACACGGGCCGACCGGGACCGUCUGGACCAGUGGGACCUCCAGGACAAGGAGUUCAAGGGCCAAAGGGCGAGCAGGGGUCACAGGGCGUCACGGGACCAAGAGGACUUCCUGGAGAGGGUUUCCCAGGAGCUAAAGGCGACAGAGGAGCAGUGGGCGAGAGAGGACAGAAGGGAUUCAAAGGAGAUUUGGGAGACCCCGGGACUCCAGGACUGCCCGGGCGUUCGGGGGUCAAAGGUGAAGCCGGCCUCACUAGAGAGGACAUCAUUCGGAUGAUCAAGGAGAUCUGUGGCUGCGGGAUCAAAUGUAAGGAGAGGCCGAUGGAGCUGGUGUUCGUCAUCGACAGCUCCGAGAGUGUGGGACCGGAGAACUUCGAGAUCAUCAAGGACUUCGUCAACGCCCUGGUGGACCGGGUCACCGUGGGACGCAACGCCACGCGGAUCGGCCUGGUCCUGUACAGCUUGGAGGUCAAACUCGUCUUCAACCUCGCGCGCUACGUGACCAAACAGGACAUCAAACAGGCCAUCCGGAACAUCCCGUACAUGGGAGAGGGGACGUACACCGGGACCGCCAUCAGAAAAGCCACGCAGGACGCCUUCUACAGCUCGCGCACCGGGGUCAGCAAAGUCGCCAUCGUGAUCACAGACGGGCAGACGGACAAGAGGGAGCCGGUGAAGCUGGACAUCGCCGUGAGGGAAGCGCACGCCGCCAAUAUCGAGAUGUUCGCGCUGGGGAUCGUGAACACGUCCGAUCCGACGCAGGGGGAGUUUUUGAGAGAGUUGAACCUCAUCGCGUCGGACCCAGACAGCGAGCACAUGUUUCUGAUAGAUGAUUUCAACACUCUGCCAGCUCUGGAAUCCAAGCUGGUUAGCCAGUUCUGCGAGGACGAGAACGGGGCCCUGAUUUACAACAAGAUAACAAACGGCUACAACGGGUACAAUGGCCACGGAAGCAACGGCUACAACGGCCACGGCGCCAACGGCAACAGGAACGUCGUCAACGGAAACUAUGCCAUCGGCGGCUACGGCUACAGGCCUCAUCCCGACGGCGGACCUCAGACCGGCGCCCGCACGCACACCCAGGGAGGGGGCGGGUCCGUGGUCACCCAGACGGACGGCAAAGGCUCCAGCUCCGUUGUUUACACCGACACUUCGAGGUGGGGCUCCGAGCGCGGCGACACGUUCAACCGCCACGACUCUACAAACAGAGGCACAUCGUCAUCAUCAUCAUCAUCAUCAUCAUCAUCUUCCACUUUUUCUUCCUCCUCAUCCUCCUCGUCCAAUCCAAACGUGACAACAUCGACUUCAUCCGUUUCGGUCCCGAUCGCGCCUCCUCCAAGGCCGGCUCUUCCUAAAGAGACGGCGCCGUUAGACCCUCGCUGUAGCCUGGUGCUGGACCAGGGGACGUGUCGAGACUACAACAUCCGCUGGUACUACGACAAACAGGCCAACGCGUGCGCCCAGUUCUGGUACGGCGGCUGCAACGGCAACGGGAACCGAUUCGACACCGAGGAAGAGUGUAAGAGGACGUGUGUCAGAGUCAGCGCCACCGGGGGAUAAAGAAAGAAAGGAAUCUGCCGCACAUCUGCACAAGAAACUUCCAACGAGGGGCAGCUAAUCCCACUUUCUACGUUAUUUUCCCUUUUUUUUUUUUUUUUUUUACAAGAAUCUCAGGCGCAAACUGUACAUUUAUAUCCACGCUUUGAAGAGUUCAUUCGCAAAAACAGAUAAGGGAUGUUCUAGCGUUUCGGCGUCGCAAAAAAAAAAAACGGACCUGGAGUUGUGUUUUGUUUCAUUCGCUCCGUUCCACCUCGUGAUGUCAUCGUGUGGUGAUACAGGAAGUGCUCCCGUCCGUGUUUUUAAACUCCACACGCCUUCAUUUCUAGAAUCAUUUGGAUCGUUUCAA